GCCAAGCAUUGGCAUCGCGGAGCGCGUAUCGUGGAGCAUACAGCGCUAGUAAAAUAGUAAAAGGCUUGUUGAGAUAGGGAAGAGUCCAAGCAUCCCUUGCCAUGACCCCUGUCUUUAGUCGAUCCCGAACAGGGCGCAGCUGACAAUGUCUUACAUCUUAUUGGCUAUGAUUAUGUAGCUCGGUGUUAUCCCUGCCGUAUAAGCCUUAAGAAUCGAGGUUGAUCCGCGAUUUCUUUCCAAGUUAAGACGGAAUGGGAAGUUCGCAUGGGUAAAGCUUGCGAAUUCGUUCAUAAUAAAUGAAAUGAAGCCGAGCAAGUGCGGUCCAUAUCGUGUCUGCUAAAGAAUCCACGUGCAUCUCAGCAUCUUCUAAGCUUCAAAGUUGUUGUAAAGACCUUGAAGGACACGAUGGGUUAACAGAAUCACUUACGUUAGAUACACUUAGUUCUCUCCUCAACUCCGAAUAGUCAAGAUAUUGAGCAUCAUUUUCAACUAGCCUCUUAUCUAAGUCGCAUUGCCUAUACUUAACCUUGAACUCACAUCAAAUAUGCGAGUCGGGAAGAUUCGAGCAUUCUUCGCUCAAUUAAGCCUUCAAGAUGAACAAGUCCAAGAGAGCCCAUCAAAUUAUGCGGCCCUAGCUUCAAGCCCAAGAUCACCUAUUAGCACAUCGAUAAAUGCCGGAAGAGCCAGUGAAGAUUCCAGCUUCAAUGGCUAUCGAAUAGACUCCAAACGGGGUGCGACGAAAUCCCGCCUUUCCCAGUUCCUUUCCCAUUUCACUCUUGGCUUUGCCGAUGGCCUCACAGUACCAUUCGCGCUGACUGCAGGCUUAUCGUCCCUCGGCCAGACCAAAACUGUCAUAUAUGCUGGUGCGGCUGAGAUAUGCGCGGGAUGUAUAAGUAUGGGAAUUGGCGGAUACCUCGCUGCAAGAGGAGAUGAAGCUUCGGAUAUAGACAGUUACGACCAAGACGAAAAGCUAGAAACGGCCGACCAAGACAGUGUCCAGAGCUAUCUUGCUUUAUUAGACCUCCCUCCAGACCUCCUUCAAGGUGUGAGAGACCAUGUCAACCAUCAUCCUGCCGUUCUACGGCGACUGUUAUGCAACACAAAUAUGGCGGUCGAUGGUUCGACGGAUAAGGCCCGGGAAUUUCCGCCAUCGAUUGUCGGGCUAUCAAUAUCCUUCGGAUACAUGCUCGGCGGAUUAUUGCCGUUAUUCCCAUACUUUUUCGUUGGCAACGUGGAUGACGGUUUGCAAUGGAGUUUCGCUGUCUGCAUCCUAGUAUUGUUUAUAUUUGGGUUUACCAAGGACUUUUUACUCCACCCUGGAUCCACGGGGGAUAACUGGCAACACGAAAACCAUAGAAGAGGACCAGAAAAAUGGAAACGGAUUAAGCAUAGCUCAUGGGAGGGGAUCCGGAUGGUUGUCAUGGGCGGAAUAGCUGCCGUUGCGGCUGUUCUAUGUGUCAGACUCUUUGAAGGAGUUAUAUCAUAAAUGAUUAUGAUACCCAAGAUUAUUGUUAUGCGCUCCUAUAAAAUCAAGAAAUAUUUUGUACGGCGGCAUCGUCAUCCAGUGCAUUUUCUUUCUGUUGAAGGUACCCUGUGUUGUUAUGUGAAAGCACCGAGUUUGGGACCUAAAGUGCAUCCUUUUGUUGUCCCUUCUGAGCAGCAGUCAGGCAUAGUUGCCAAGCCAUCACAUCAUUCCAGGAGGAGGUCCGCCGCGAUCCAUCAUAGGCGGAGGCCCUCCUCUACCUAGGGGUGGUGGACCACCUCCUCCCAUCAUCAAUGGAUGUCCGCCCUG